AUGACUACGAAUAUUUGCACAGUACCAGUUCGUGUUAGUAAAAAUAAUCGUGAAAUUGAUCCAACAGAAGAUGAAAGACAAGGCAUUGUACAAAAUAUAACCAAACAAGCAUAUUGGCAUGUAUCUUCAUGCAAACCUGGUCAUGGUGUAGAUAAAUUACUCGAUGAUAAUCUUGAAACAUAUUGGCAAUCAGAUGGUCCACAACCACAUUUAGUCAAUAUACAAUUUAAACAAAAAACAAAAAUAAAAGAUCUAUGUAUUUUUUCUGAUUUUAAAGUUGAUGAAAGUUAUACGCCUCAAAAAAUUUCAAUUCGAACUGGUAUUAAUCAUAAUAAUCUAGUUGAAUUAAGAUCUUUCGAAAUUCAUGAACCAGCUGGAUGGGUUAUUGUUCCAACACGUGAUGCACGUGCAAAUCCAAUAAAAACAUGGAUGAUUCAAAUAGCAGUUUUAUCAAAUCAUCAAAGUGGUCGUGAUACACAUAUUCGUCAAAUAGUCGUACAUAGUCCAACAGAAACAUCAUCAAUAUUUAUUGAUCCAAAAUUUUCAAGCAUUGAAUUAGCAUCCCAUAGUAGUUGCAGAUAA